GGUUUGCCGCAUCACGGAAGAUGGCGGCCGCGACGGUCAACGGGGCGACGGGCGUCCCGAGCUCCGGGACCGCGGCAGCUUCGGGCGCCGUCCUGCAGGCCGCAGCCGGGAUGUACGAGCAACUCAAGGGCGAGUGGAACCGCAAAAGUCCCAAUCUGAGCAAGUGCGGGGAAGAGCUGGGCCGCCUUAAGCUGGUGUUGCUGGAGCUCAACUUCCUGCCCACUACGGGGACCAAGCUAACUAAGCAGCAGCUCAUUCUGGCCCGUGACAUACUGGAGAUCGGGGCCCAGUGGAGCAUCUUGCGCAAGGACAUCCCCUCCUUCGAGCGCUACAUGGCCCAGCUCAAGUGUUACUACUUUGACUACAAGGAGCAGCUCCCUGAGUCUGCUUACAUGCACCAGCUCCUGGGCCUGAACCUCCUCUUCCUGCUGUCCCAGAACCGGGUGGCAGAGUUCCACACAGAGCUGGAGCGCCUACCCGCCAAGGACAUCCAGACCAACGUCUACAUCAAACACCCAGUGUCCCUCGAACAGUACCUGAUGGAGGGCAGUUACAACAAGGUGUUCCUGGCCAAAGGCAACAUCCCUGCUGAGAGCUACACCUUCUUCAUUGACAUCCUGCUUGACACUAUCAGGGAUGAAAUUGCUGGGUGCAUUGAGAAGGCGUAUGAGAAGAUCCUCUUUACCGAGGCCACGCGGAUCCUCUUCUUCAACACACCCAAGAAGAUGACCGACUAUGCCAAGAAGCGAGGCUGGGUCCUGGGCCCCAACAACUACUACAGCUUUGCCAGCCAGCAGCAAAAGCCAGAGGACACCACCAUCCCCUCCACAGAACUGGCCAAGCAGGUCAUCGAGUAUGCUCGGCAGCUGGAGAUGAUCGUGUGAGCAUGCAGGCCGCGGUGCGGCCCAGCGUGUGGUCCUCAACACCUUUCUGGGGCUCGCGGCCUCCAAUAAAGUGGAUUCCCAUUCGCUCGUGGGCCCAUGUCUCCCCGGUUGUGGUGGCAGGGAGCCACGUGCUUAUCCGUGAAGAACUGGGAAGUUGGAAGGCCCCUUGCACAGGAGCUGCCACCCUCUAUCCAUGGUCAACCUCUCCAGUGGCCCUGCUUGGGUGUCUCGCACAGGGGCACAGCGACACCAUGGCCUGCCAGCCAGCCAGCCAUGGACAUGUGCAAACACCAGGCCAGGCCAAUUGGUUUUUCAGUGAAGGGAGCAGUUUCCUGAUUUCUUUGAAAUGUUGGCAGUGAAUUAAACCAUUUUGAAAGUGG